AUGAGACUCGCACUUCUGUCGACACUCGUGCUGGGGACCUCCGUUUUGGCUGGCCCGCUCCACCUCCGCCAAGAGGAAGGCAAGGCCGCCGUGGGCGCUGCUGGGGAGAAGGCUGGCGCUACCGGUGCUGCUGGGGAGAAGGCCGGAGCUGCCGCCGGUGAAGCCGCCGGAGCCGCCGCCGGUGAGGCAGGAAAGGCCGGUGCUGCUGCCGGUGGGGCUGCUUCCGCCGACUGCGUGCGCUUCAGGAGCACGGUCAAUAACGCCCAACGUGAACUCACACGACUCAACUUCAUCAACACCAACGCAGGCAUCAAGGAUGCCCGCCCCAUUUUCGACGCGCAGCUAUCCCUCCUCGACGCGCUCGCCGCCGGUGAGAAUGCCGGUGCGGUCAACGCUGCGCUGGGCAAGGCCAAGACUGCAGUAGGCGCCAUCGUCGUUGAAGGCGCGGCCGGCCAGAACAACAACCAGAACAAGGGCAACGCGGGCGAGGCUGCCGGCGCCAAGGCUGGUGAGGCUGCUGGUGCCAAAGCAGGUGAAGCCGGCAAGGCCGGAGAAGCCGCCGGAGCCAAGGAAGGCGCUGCCGAGGGUGCUAAAGCCGGUGAGGCCGCUGGUGCAAAGGCCGGUGAAGCGGCUAAAGGCGAGGCCGGUAAGGCCGGUGAAGCUGCUGGAGCCAAGGCCGGCGAGGCUGCUGGCGCUAAGGCUGGCGAGGCUGCCGGUGCCAAGGCCGGUGAGGCCGCAAAGGCUGGUGAAGCCGCCGGUGCCAAAGCUGGUGAAGCCAAGGAAGGUGCCAAAGCCGGUGAAGCAGGCAAAGAAGCCGGCGAAGCCAAGGAAGGUGCAGCAAACAAAGGCGCGGCCAAGACCACCGAGAAAGAGGCCCGCGGCCCGGGCGGACGCGGCGGCAAGAAGGGCGCCAAGGGCAAGAAGGGCAAGGCUGCCAAAGGCAAGGCCGCGAAGGGCGGCAACCGCAACACCGCCGCGAACCGACAACAGCAGCAGGCGAACCAGAACGCGGCACGUGUCCAGCGCGCCCAGGGCCUCGUCGACCAGGCGGUGCAGCUCGCGGGCAAGUGUCUCGCUGCGGGUGCGGGUGCUGGUGAAGCCAACAAUGCGGCAAACAACGGCGAGGCUGCUGGCGAGGCCGGAAAGGCUGGCGAAGCUGCUGGUGAGGCCGGAAAAGCUGGUGAGGCUGCUGGUGCUGGUGCCAAGGAAGGUGAAGCUGCUGGCAAGGCUGGUGAGGGCGAGGCUGGCAAAGCCGGUGAAGGCGAGGCAGGAAAAGCUGGCGAGGCCAACGGCGCCGAAGGCAAGGAAGGCGAGGCGGGCAAGGCUGGUGAAGCUGCUGGUGAAGCUGGCAAGGAAGGUGAAGCCGGCAAAGCUGGUGAGGCCGGCAAAGCUGGUGAGGCCGGUGCUGCUGAAGGCAAAGAGGGCGCUGCUGCUGGAGCAAAGGAGGGCGCUGCCGCUGGAGCCAAAGAGGGUGCCGCUGCUGACAAAGAAGGCGCCGCUGGAGCCAAGGCUGGCGAGGCUGGCAAGACCGAGGGCAAGAACACCGCCGACGGCGCCGGUGCGGCCAAGAAAGUCGCACGCAGCAUGCGCAUCGUUCGCCGUCGCUUGUAG